UUCGCUUUCUUGUGCUUUCAAUCAUUGCAUGAUUUUUGGCGUUUUCUCGAGUGUUCUUUCUGCUGUUGAUAAACGUUGGAAAUCUCAUAGAUCUAUGGAACCAUAUGGCAAUGAUUUGCAAAAUCAUAUCCGAGAAUCUGACAGCAGAGCAUUCAAAGGGAAGUGUGUUGCUGAGGAUCUGAGUUACUUAGACAGAAGAGAAGCAGCUGCUCAACCACUAAAUCUUCAGACUGAAGCUCAUAUCUCAUCUCGAUGUGGCUAUAAUCUAGAAAUAUAUUGCCAAAGAUGGGCCAACACUGUUGAAAAUACUAUUCUAGAGCCAAAAAUAAGGAAGAAAAAUCCGACCUACUGUUUCCUUGAACCUUUAUCAAAUUUUCCUCAAGAGGACAGUGGGGAAAUCAUAAAAGAUAGAUGCAAGUGGAAGAAAUACCAACAAGUUUCAACUGACGGGCCGUAUUUUCCUAGCUUCUCCUACAAAUGCACUUACCCCGGAUGCACUAUGAGGAUGCAUACUGAGAGGGUCUCUCUUCAUCCAGACAAGAUGAUGGUAUCUUAUGAAGGAGUACAUAACCAUGGCGAAAUUCAGGCUUCGACUGGGCAGCUCCCACCAGCUCAAAUUUCUUCUUAUAAGCCUUUCAACAGCAGAGAUUUACAGCAAUAUCCCUGCAUCUCAGUAUCCGAGCAUCGAAAACUUGCAUCUCAGUAUGAUGUAAUGCACAGAUUACAGUCCCCUUCAGUUUACAUCAUGAAAUUGGAUCAAUAUAUUGAGCACCUGAAGCCCAAUUAUGGCAUAUUUCUUAACCACCCAAGUAAAAUCAAGUAUGGUGUUCUGGAUGAUCGUGCUGCAGAGAGUACUGCUUCCAUUUCUGGGAUGAGUUCCUCUCAAGUUGGCUUUGGAGAAUCUCAUCAAGCGUUUUGUGCUGUGCACAAUGUUUUCCAUUCGCCUCUUUAUUGUAAUAGCAUUCCAAAUCCAUAUCAUUCACAGCAACUGCAGCAAGUUUAUACUGCAGAAUAUCAUUCUGUUCCAUUUCCUGAUCUUUUUUUCAGUUCUGAACCUUCUGUUUCUUUGGGCAUUCAAUGUGCAAACACUGUCAUGGCUGGAGGAGAAAUUAACUUCCAUUACAAUCUGAUGCAGAGAACCUUCAAACCUCUAACUUAUGAAGACCCUUCAUCCUCUUUGAUGGCUGGUGGAGUGUAUAGAAAUACUGGAGUUAUAAAUGGUGCUGAUGAAUUGUGUUGGAUCCACCCAUCUUGUCCUCAACUUAAUGGUAACUUGACUGAGAACUUCAACGCAUAAAGCCUAAACCUGCACCGCUAAGUGAGACAGGUUUUCAUUCAUUCACAACAUGCGACAACAACAAAUCUGGGUGGCGGAUUCUGAUGAAAUUGCUUGUGGAUGAUUUGCAGAUUUAGGAUAGAAAUGGAUUGGAUCUCUCUUUGGAAGAGAAGGGAGGCGAAAUCGGCAUGGGGAAAAUUUUAAAAUGUGAUCUAAGGGGAAACUAAUGUUUUCAAUUUUAGUUGUACCUUGAAAUUAGACUUGAUUCCAAUUCUUUAGGCAAGAUGAAUUGCAUUUUAUGGUUAGAAUCACAUCUAA